GUUCCCUCCCCCCUCCCCGGGCUCCAGUGGCGGCGGAGUGAACUGGACCGGCCCGGCCUCAGAGCGCGAGGUGGCGGGUGGGACGCGGGCGCCUGAAGGAGUUGUUGUUUCGGCAGCGCCCGCGGAGACGUGAAGAGGUGGAUGUGGGAAGAGAAGUUUGUAGAACUGAGAUGGAGGUCAGAGCUUCAUUACAGAAGGUUAGUGGAUCAUCUGAUUCUGUGGCUACAAUGAACAGUGAAGAAUUUGUUUUGGUUCCUCAGUAUGCAGAUGAUAAUUCUACAAAACAUGAAGAAAAACCUCAACUGAAGAUAGUUUCUAAUGGUGAUGAACAAUUGGAAAAAGCCAUGGAAGAGAUUUUGAGAGAUUCCGAGAAAAGGCAAAGCGGUCUUCUUGUUGAUUGUCAAAGUUCCAGUGAGAUUUCAGACCAUUCAUUUGGAGAUAUUCCAGCCAACCAAACAAAUAAGCCAUCUCUUCAGUUAAUUUUGGAUCCGUCUAACACAGAAAUUUGUACACCCAGACCAUCUUCUCCAGGUGGACUACCUGAAGAAGAUAGUGUUUUAUUUAAUAAACUGACCUACUUAGGAUGUAUGAAGGUUUCUUCCCCACGUAAUGAAGUAGAGGCUUUACGGGCAAUGGCAACCAUGAAAUCUUCCAGUCAGUACCCCUUUCCUGUUACCCUGUAUGUACCAAAUGUUCCAGAAGGUUCUGUGAGAAUCAUAGACCAAUCCAGCAAUGUGGAGAUAGCAUCUUUUCCAAUCUAUAAGGUUUUAUUCUGUGCACGUGGACAUGACGGAACAACAGAGAGCAAUUGCUUUGCAUUUACAGAGAGUUCCCAUGGUUCAGAAGAAUUUCAGAUACAUGUUUUCUCCUGUGAAAUUAAAGAGGCAGUAAGCAGAAUUUUGUAUAGUUUCUGUACAGCAUUCAAACGUUCUUCCAGACAAGUGUCUGAUGUUAAAGACUCAGUUAUUCCUACCCCUGACAGUGAUGUGUUUACCUUCAGUGUCUCUUUGGAGGUAAAAGAAGACGAUGGAAAAGGAAACUUUAGCCCUGUGCCUAAGGAUAGAGAUAAAUUUUAUUUCAAAUUAAAGCAAGGAAUAGAGAAGAAGGUUGUGAUUACAGUGCAGCAACUUUCUAACAAAGAAUUAGCUAUUGAAAGAUGUUUUGGAAUGUUAUUAAGCCCAGGUCGAAACGUGAAGAACAGUGACAUGCAUUUACUGGAUAUGGAAUCCAUGGGAAAGAGCUAUGAUGGGAGAGCUUAUGUCAUCACUGGCAUGUGGAACCCCAAUGCACCAAUAUUUCUGGCGCUUAAUGAGGAAACACCAAAAGAUAAGCGAGUAUACAUGACUGUGGCAGUGGAUAUGGUAGUCACAGAGGUGGUGGAGCCUGUUCGCUUUCUCCUGGAGACAGUAGUCCGUGUGUACCCUGCAAAUGAGCGAUUUUGGUAUUUCAGCAGAAAGACUUUCACAGAGACUUUCUUCAUGAGAUUGAAACAGUCUGAGGGAAAAGGCCAUACCAAUGCUGGAGAUGCAAUAUAUGAGGUGGUGAGUCUACAGCGAGAGUCUGACAAGGAGGAACCAGUCACUCCUACUAGUGGAGGGGGUCCAAUGUCACCCCAGGAUGAUGAAGCAGAAGAGGACAGUGAUAAUGAACUCUCAAGUGGAACAGGUGAUGUGUCUAAGGAUUGUCCUGAGAAGAUCCUGUAUUCUUGGGGAGAAUUGCUAGGAAAAUGGCACAAUAACCUUGGUGCACGACCAAAAGGGCUAUCUACUCUGGUGAAGAGUGGUGUCCCCGAAGCAUUGAGGGCAGAGGUAUGGCAGUUACUGGCAGGCUGCCAUGACAACCAGGCAAUGCUGGAUAGAUACCGAAUUCUUAUCACAAAGGACUCAGCCCAGGAGAGUGUUAUUACUCGAGAUAUUCAUCGUACAUUUCCCGCACAUGAUUACUUUAAAGAUACUGGAGGAGAUGGUCAGGAAUCGCUCUAUAAGAUCUGCAAGGCCUACUCUGUGUAUGAUGAAGACAUUGGAUACUGUCAAGGGCAGUCUUUUCUUGCUGCUGUAUUACUGCUGCAUAUGCCAGAGGAACAAGCAUUCUGUGUUUUGGUGAAAAUCAUGUACGACUAUGGUUUGAGAGACCUCUACAAAAACAACUUUGAAGAUCUUCAUUGCAAAUUCUACCAGUUGGAGAGACUAAUGCAGGAACAGCUACCGGACCUGCAUAGCCAUUUUUGUGAUCUGAACCUGGAAGCUCAUAUGUAUGCAUCCCAGUGGUUUCUCACUCUUUUUACUGCCAAGUUCCCACUCUGCAUGGUGUUCCACAUCAUUGACUUACUGCUUUGUGAGGGUUUGAACAUAAUCUUUCAUGUAGCUUUGGCUCUCCUAAAGACUUCAAAGGAAGACCUUCUGCAGGCUGAUUUUGAAGGUGCUUUAAAGUUCUUUAGAGUUCAGCUUCCAAAGAGAUACAGGGCAGAGGAAAAUGCAAGAAGACUGAUGGAGCAGGCUUGCAAUAUUAAAGUACCAACCAAGAAGCUGAAGAAAUAUGAGAAAGAAUAUCAGACAAUGCGAGAGAGUCAGCUGCAACAGGAAGACCCAAUGGAUAGAUACAAGAGGGAGAACCGAAGAUUACAGGAGGCCAGCAUGAGGUUGGAACAAGAGAAUGAUGACCUCGCCCAUGAACUAGUAACAAGCAAAAUUGCUCUACGGAAUGACUUGGAUCAGGCAGAAGACAAGGCAGAUGUGUUGAAUAAGGAACUCCUCUUAACCAAACAGAGGCUGGUGGAGACUGAAGAGGAGAAGAGGAAGCAAGAGGAAGAGACUGCCCAGCUAAAAGAAGUCUUCAGGAAACAGCUAGAGAAGGCAGAAUAUGAAAUAAAGAAGACUACAGCUAUCAUUGCUGAGUAUAAACAGAUCUGUUCACAGUUGAGUACCAGGCUGGAGAAACAGCAAGCAGCCAGCAAGGAGGAGCUGGAAGUGGUAAAGGGUAAGAUGAUGGCAUGCAAACACUGCAGUGACAUUUUCAGCAAGGAGGGUGCUUUGAAACUAGCAGCCACAAGCAGAGAGGACCAGGGAAUUGAAACGGAUGAUGAGAAGGACUCACUUAAGAAGCAGCUGAGAGAGAUGGAACUGGAACUGGCACAAACCAAACUGCAGUUGGUGGAGGCCAAGUGUAAAAUUCAGGAACUUGAACAUCAGAGAGGAGCCCUUAUGAAUGAAAUCCAAGCUGCAAAAAACUCUUGGUUUAGCAAAACCCUGAACUCUAUCAAAACGGCCACGGGCACCCAGCCAUUGCAGCCAGCACCGGUCACCCAGCCACCCAAGGAGAGCACAUAGUUCCAGCCUUACCCAAGCACAAGAGCACAAUGUUCAAAGCAGUGGAAAUCUGGGAGGAUUCUUCCUGGUGUCCCUUUGAAGGAAAGUCAAGGAGGCCAGAAAACAAGCCAGAAUCUUUCAGUAGCUCUCUUUCUUGUAUGACACUUUUCAAAGGGAGGUUAUUUAAACUGACCUGUUUUAUGUUGAAUAUCUAUUUUCCAGCUUCUUCAUGGAAGGCCAUGUUCAGAUCCAUCAUAGUAUUAACACAUUAUUUUGUUUGCCUGAUGUUUAGUUGGAAAUAAGUAAUUCAGAACUAAAUGCUCUUUUAUUUAGAACUAAUUAUUCAUAAUUAUUUUUAUCUUACGUAAAAAUGGAGAUAUCUGUUAUUCCAAGGUUGAAGUGAAGUGAUAGGAAGAUCUUUGUCACAGGAAAAAAAAACAUUGAAACCUAAACCUCUUAGCUUUUCAGGAUUUAUUCAGAUAAAGCACACUGUGGGGCCAGGCAUGACUGCUCUCAGGUUUCCUCCUGAGCCUGAUUCCCAGGGGAGUGAUAAUCCUGUCCAAAGGAAAGAACCAAUCAGUGAUCAUUGGUUUACUUUCAUUAUCUGGAAAUGAAGUGCCAGGAAUAGAUGGGCUAUUCAGAUUAUACAUUAGGUAAAAGGAACUGAGAUUUUAAUAAGUGUAGGUUAGGAUCAUUUGGGCUGUGGUAUUCUAACAGAUCCUUUUAAGAACUCCACAUGGGACUUGUGAGUUCCUAAGUAUGCCUAAGUAUGGACACAGAUGUGACUUCUGGCACUUAUAAAGUUAAAGGUGGAUGUUGCGCCUUACAGACUUAGGGAGCCUUUACCAGAGACGCCUAAAAAGUCCCAGGUUCAGCCAUUGUGCUGAAUAGAGUGGAAUACAGAACCAGGGACAGAGUAUUUCAUUUAACAUUGAUAGAUAUUUGCUAAGGAAACACUAACAAUACUGUAACUUUGUUAAAGGACAUAGUAUUGAAAUGAGAAAUAGAGGUCAGGCUCACAUCAUCUUAGCUUAAUGUUGGGCAACUUUUUCCAAUUUCGGUAGUUCACUGAAAACGUGUCCUUCAUACCCAUAAAGAGAUACAAAUGCAUUUGUAACAUUUUUGAUUGAAUAUAAAAUCUUUACAGAAAUACUUAUCUCAUGGAAAGGUAAAGCUAUUGUUUAAAAAUUAGUGGAAAUAUUUUUUCAAUUAUAUUUAACAUGCCUAUAAAAAUAGUCCUUGCAGGAAAUUAUUUGAUAAGAGCAAAACUAUUUUUAUUUUAUAAACUAUUUUGGAGGCCUCUGUUCCUUUCACACCAACCAAACUACUAUUAGAUAUGUACAACAACAUUUGUUGAUAUACAUCAUUGGCCUCAUUGUUGAACAUAUUAUUUGCAAAGAAUCUUAAACUCUGCAGUGCCAGAAUGAUUUUCAUCUGUGCCAUAUGUUGCAAUUAAAAGUAACACACCCUUAGAAAAAUCAAAUAAGAGCCAUCUCCACCCCAGGAGGAUACAGCAAGUUGCUCACGGUGGAUCUUUUCCUCUAAAAUGAUCUUUUAUGUUCUAAAAAGUGAAAUCCCCUUUUUCUGUGUUUAUAUUAUCUACAGCCCAUAAAACUGAUGUGAUUAUUAUGUUAUACUCAUCAGAUAAUACUUUUCUUACAUAAAUCUUUUGUUGUUCUGACAUCUUUCAUUACAAAAUUUAUUUUCUUACCAAAAAGGAACAUAACUCAGCAUUCCAGGUAUCUAUAUUGACUUUAAUAUUCUCUACAUGGUGGUCUAGAGAAGCUAAUUUUUUUUUUUUUUUUUGUAAAAUAUAGUAGCUAGAAAAUGUUAUCUUGGCACUUGUUUUUGUAAAUCAUUUCGUAUAGGCUGUUAGCUUUACUGGUACUUUACGCUUUGAUUCCAAGAAGCCCUGUGCAGUUGCCUUAUCAAAUGGCCAGCUAAAUUAAAGAUGCUCUUUUGUGUUGUGAAUUUCAUAAUUCUGUACAGAGCUUGUUUCAACUUACAAAAAUAAGUACAUUCCACAGAAUGCCUAAAGUGCAUAAUUUUCUUUAAAUAAUAGGUGAGGGAGAAACAUAAUGGCUCUAGGUUAAUCCCUUAUCUGGAGACCUUGUUCAACUUCAUAGUCCCUUUCCUUUUGAAGAGAAAAAUCCUCCCCCAGCCAAGCAUGGUGGCUCACGUCUGUAAUUCCAGCACUUUGGGAGGCCAAGGUGAGUGGACCACCUAAGGUCAGGAGUUUGAGGCCAGCCUGGCCAACAUGGUGAAACCCUGUCUCUAUUAAAAAUAUAAAAAUUAGCCAGGUGUGGUGGCGGGCACCUGUAAUCCCAGCCUAUUCAGGAGGUGGAGGCAGGAGAAUUGCUUGAAUCCAGGAGGCAGAGGUUGUAGUGGGCCAAGAUUAUGCCAUUGCACUCCAGGCUGGGCGACAAGAGCAAAAUUCUGUCUCAAAAAAGAAAAAUCACCAGGUACAUACCUCUCAAGUUUGAUAAGUCCAUCUUUUGAGUUUUCUUUUAGCUCUUUCAAAAGAUUGUAAGGGCAAUACAUAGUUUUUUUUUUUUUUUUUUAUUCUCCAGCCCCAUAUCAUACUUGGAUAUGCCUGUUGGUACCAUAAGCCUAAACUCUCCCUCACUGCAAUGCCUUUGAGUCAGCAGCAAUAGUAAAGACAAGAAACAAAGAAAAUUCAGAAUUUGGUAUGUGGUAUGAUUGUUCAUACAAUAUGUUAUAAUAGCAAUAUUCCAAACAAUAUGUCCUUCACUGUCUGUUGUUUGAAAACUCAUGCAUCCCAGCAUGAAGUAACUACUAGUUUUAAUUUCACUUAUUUUGAGAUAUAUUUGAGAAUUGCAUCUCUUCUAUUGAAUUUCAUUUAGAAGAGAUGAACCAGCCAAAUAUCCAGGAAAGUUUUCAAAAUAUUCUAGUGUUUUUCAUCCUUUCCUAGGAUGUGCUCUGUAUAAAACAUUCCUCUGAAAAUCUAAUAUUUGUAAUAUCUAAGAAUUGAUCAUUUCUAUUUUCAUUAAAUUCUGUAGAAAAAAAUAAAUGAAUGAAAUUCAACUUCGUAAUUCAGUUCAUCAGCUUUUAUAUCUUGAGAAUCUUAACACAUUCUUUAAAUCUGAAAGAAACCAAGCUGGAUUUUGCAGUGCAUAUGUUUGCUAGCUUCCCACAUCCUGAACCAUGUCAAAAUUUGGUUAUAUUUAGUUAUAUAUAAUUUAAUGCAAAGAAAUUCUCAGUUACUUAAUGUUCUGUUUAUUUAUGAGUGCCUAUCAGGAACACUAAUAGGAAUGCCAUUCAACUGGUGUCUUCUCCUGCCCUUCUCCCAGCUGUUAAAUUAGUACUUUCUUCUUCAUUGGCUUUCUGAAAUGCCCUGAGUAAAGUAGAAAAGCGACCUUUGUAUGGAUGUGGGGAUAUUUAAUACUAUGUAUCUUGUUUCAUUUUUUUCUAGGGUGUAUUCAUAUUUAUUUUUCUCCAACGCCUGCUCCAUUUUCUUAAAAUAUUUUCCAGUUAAUAGUUAGUUGCUUUAUUUCCUAGCUGAAGUGAGAAAACCAAGAGAAAACAACACAGAUUUGGGCAGAGGAGAUACAGUUAGAUCCUUAAAGGAGUCAGCCACCCACCCAGAAGGAGAAUCACAUGUGUAACUGAUGUAGGGGUUUAAGCCUUCUUUUACUUUCGCUAAAAUCAGUCUACUAACUCUUCCACCAACCUUUGCAUCAAACACUUAGGUAGCUGCCUGAUUAGGGGGCCCCUUGAAGGGGGAAAAAAAAACUUUUAAAAAAUUAAAUGCCUUGGUUUUAUCUUCUGGGAAAGAACACUUUUACUUAAUUAGCAAGAUGAUUACAUUAUAUAACUUGCCCUUAAAAACACUCCAAAAUACUGACUCCUUUGCUCCAAUUACAAGUGAGAGAGUGAAGAAAUUCUGUUGUAUGAUUUGAACACUAUUAGGUUUGUAUGUGUGUUUAAUUGGAAGAAUUUUAUAUAGAGUAUCUCUGCUUCUUUUGUUUCCCUGGGUACCACACAACCAAAUACACAUUGAGAUUUCAAGAAAUAAUGAUGAAAGCCAGAAGGCCAGACCACAGCUCUGCAGCCUGUUUCCUACUAUCAGAUAUGAAACUCUUUCUCAUUACCAUGCUGAUAGUCACACUGAACUAGAACUGUCCCAUCACAUACUUUCUCUCUCAUAGUGGCUUCCAUUUAACACAGGCAAAGCCCUUUACCUUAGCAAAUUCUUUAUCUUUCAAAAGUGACCAAAAUGAGGAUUUCAACCUUGGUUGCUCCUCAAUAGAGAUGCUGAUCUUGAGUUGUAAUGAGAAAAGUGGACAUAUAGAUUUUAGUGACUGCAGUCAGCUCUCUGGCAUUCCUUUCUCAGUUUGCAUCUAAAAGACUACAAUAUGUCAAGCUUAUCUCCACCUGAAUUUGCUGCCUACUAUAAAAACAUUUCAUUAAUAUAUCUCAUUCCUCCUACCUCCAUCUCUGGUUUGUCAUUAGUGGUAUUCUGAAAAGCUUAAGAAAAAAGAAUCAUUGAGUAGAAAGUGAACAUUUUAAGUUAUUUUCCUUUUUCACUGGCAAUUAGUUAACAUGUAAAAUCUUUUCCAUUAAACUCUAUAACUUUUAAUAACUAUAUAUUAUAUAUGGGAUAAAAUAUAUGGACUGAAUUGUGAGAAUAUAAAUGCAUCGAGAGACUCUGGUGUCAUGAAAGCACAAGAAUAAGGCUGGAGAUGGUCCCAGAUCCAAGAUGUCCCAAAAGCCUUUUGUAUCAGUUUCUCUAUUUUUGGUAUUUUGCAUAAUGCAUGGAUCCUUAGUUCAAAUGAGGGACACAGUUUCUCAGCCCCACUUCUUUCUUUCCAACUCCUACCUUUCCCUUGCAGAGGAGGUAGUAGAGAUUCUGAAUUAUCUAUUAUGAAUUCUAUUAUUUUGUCCAUGGCAUCUCUAAUGAAAACAGGUUCUAGAAUAAAGGAGUUGAUUAGUCUGAACAGUACUAAUUAACUACAAAAAUGUUAGUGAUCAGCCUCUUCCUCUAUAAACGAUGACCAAUUAGAUGUUUCCAUAAUUCCAUGUAUUAUGUAUAGUACACUCUAUAAAUGUAAAUGUAAUGCUUGUCUAAAAAGUGCAAUUUAUUGUACAUUGUCCCAACAAAUGUUUACUUUUAUAAUUGUUAUGAACUUGAAUUGGAUUAGUAUUUUGUUUUUAUGUGUGAAUGAAGCCUUGUGAAAUAAACAAAUGCAACUGAGAAGGUAACAAGGUGACUGUUUUUGUGAGCCAGUGAUGUUUUCAAUGCUUUGUGUUGCCCCUUUGGCCCCAUUAAGCAGUAAUAAACAUUUGUUCUGAAGU